UGCGUGUAGUGCGUACGCGAAGGGAUCAGAGCGUCGUGUUGGGAUGGUGCUCGCUCGAUGUGUUGUGAUGUUCGCGGUGCACUGUGGGAAAGAGGAAGACUAGCAGCCGGCAGAGCAAUGGACGUGUUCCUGAUGAUCCGACGUCACAAGACCACCAUCUUCACAGACGCCAAGGAGUCCACCACAGUGUACGAGCUGAAGCGCAUCGUCGAGGGGAUCCUGAAGAGAGCACCUGAGGAACAGAAACUCUACAAGGAUGACAUGUUGUUAGAAGACAGUAAGACACUGGGAGAUUAUGGAUUCACAAACCAGACAGCGAGACCUCAGGCUCCGGCUACAGUGGGACUCGCCUUCCGUAUCAGCGACGAUGUGUUCGAGCCACUGCGUGUGGACGCUUUCUCCAGUCCUCCAGAGCUGCCAGAUGUGAUGAAGCCCCAGGACUCGGGCAGCACGGCUAACGAGCAGGCCGUCCAGUGAGAGACUCCAGGAUCCGGGAUCCGUGGCUGUGGCCGUGUGUGUGUGUGUUCUUGGUUAUGGCAGGGUGUGGGGUGUAUGAGAGGUGGUGUUUUUGUGUGUGUGUGUGUGUGGUGACACUUGCUGAAAAAAAAUGUUUAAUUCUUUCCAUUGGCGCUUUACACACUCUGUGUUUAAACCUUCACCUCAUGCACCCUUGGACGUGUGUGUGUGUGUGUGUGUGUGUGUGAGAGAGAGAGAGAGAGAGAGAGAGAGAGAGUGUGUGUGUGAGAGAGAUUGUAUUAACAGUAUGUCCUGUGUGAUUGUUCAUUAUUAUUAGUAAUAUUAUUCACACUCUGGUUAUUUUGGCCGUAACAGUGGAGUUAGGGAUACACACGUGAGCUGACUCCUGAAGGGCUUAAUAAUUCAGGUGUCGAGUCGGAUCACGUGUGUUUUCGGAGCGCCGAAAAUCACACGUGUCUCCUGGAGCUGCGCGUGCACGUCAUUCACCAUGGAGAAGUGUGUAACGUUAUCUCAUGAACUUUUGGUAUUAACAUGAUUAUUUUCCCCUCUGUGUGUGUGUGUGUGUGUGUGUGUGUGUGUGUGUGUGUACACACACUGGUUUUGCUGAUACUGAUCAUAUUGUUUUGGUUUUUUUUGCGUGUGUAAUUUAUCCAGUGUUAGUUAAAAAAAAAAAAAAAAAACAUACAUGUCCAUGUGUUCAGUUCCCUCAUAUAUAUUUUUUUUGUAUUUAAAACCAAAGGGGAAGUGUGUGUGUGUGUGUGUGUGUGUGUGUGUGUGUGUGCGCGCGCAUGUGUGUUCAUGUGAAGGAAUGGCUCGUGUGUUACAUUUUGCAGUCCCAUAAAGAACAAGGUGUCUCUGUUUGAGCUGUAAACUAUAGAAACAGCUGACUUUCUUUCGGAUCAACUUCUGAGGGUCGCCCCCCCCCCCCCGCCCCGCCCCAACAAUAACGAUGAGAAUGAACUGGACACACUCCUCUGUCUCGUUCUCUCCGUGGUCAGAGUCGAUCCUCACCUUACGCUACUUUCUGUUUGAAUUAAAAGCAGAAGAAACACCUGAUGAACAAAGUGCUGCAGUGUGAUCUGUACUCCUCUGCUUCUCUGAUGAUGAUGAUGAUGAUGAUGAUGAUUUUAUCCUGAUACACACCUUUAUUUCUGCCCUUCUGAUAUUAAUAAUGUGUUGAAUAUCAAGGGGGAGAAGUCGAGAUUGAGGAAAUGGACAUCUCUUUUUUUAUUUGGACACUGGUCAAUUUUAAACACUUAUUCAACAUGACCUCAGGGUCAUCUCUGUAGUGUCUGUGUGUACGAAAAUAAAAAAAAAAAGUCUUGCUUUAACACAAAGAACCAACCUGAUGAAGCUAAAGAGGAACAUAAAGCUCCAUAAACACUGUAAUGUCAAAAGUAAGUGCCCCCCCUGACCCUCACACCCACAUGUCCGUGUUCAUUGAUCGUUCCACUCCGCUUUUUGUCCAGACCGGGAACACGAGGUGUACUGCGCAUGCGCGGAAUCGACAUCAUCAUAAUAAUAAUAGUAAUAAUAAUAAUAAGAAGAAGAAUAAAAGUAGUAUAAUAACAGUAUUAUAAAUACCUGCAGUAUAAUGAACUGCUGUAAAUCAUUUCAUCAUACUCAAGACAAUAAGGAGGCGCAUUUCCGCGCAUGUGCAGUACAACCCGUGUCUCCAGGAUAGAGGAGUGACACUUUUAUUAUUUUAUUUUAUUUCGUUCUAUCACAUAUAAAUACAAAACAGGAAGUGUAGGGCAGAUAUAAAACAAUGUCAAUCAGUUUAAAGUAAGACAACAAAGCAUAAAAUGAACAUAAAUAUGUAAAUAAUACAUGUAUAAUAAUAAAUAAAUACCAGGACAAAAACACAGUGGUAUAUAAGGACAGGUACAGAAAUAAAAGCUUUAGGAUUUUUUUUAAAUUGUUUUUAUAAGUUUCUUAUUUUGUGAUCUCACAU